GUGGGCGUGGCCUAGGGGGGGCGGCGAGGCCGGCUCUCCCUUCCCGGCCGAGCGGCAGCUCUGGUGGUGGUUACCAUGGCAUCUAACUACCGAAAAUCAAGCUCAAGUACAGUCCAAAGGAAGAAGGUUUCUGUGAAAACUGAACUGACCGAGGAGCAAAAGCAGGAGAUUCGAGAAGCCUUUGACUUGUUUGAUGCGGAUGGGUCUGGGAGUAUAGAUGUGAAAGAGUUGAAGGUUGCCAUGCGUGCUCUAGGCUUUGAGCCAAAGAAAGAGGAAAUUAAAAAAAUGAUAGCUGAUAUCGACAAAGAAGGAUCCGGCACCAUUGAUUUUGAAGAUUUUUUAGCCAUGAUGACCCAGAAAAUGAAUGAGAAAGAUUCAAAAGAAGAAAUUUUGAAAGCCUUCCGAUUGUUCGACGAUGACGGGACCGGAAAGAUUUCAUUCAAAAAUAUUAAGAGGGUGGCCAGAGAGCUGGGGGAGAAUUUAACAGAUGAAGAACUGCAGGAAAUGCUUGAUGAAGCAGACCGUGAUGGGGAUGGAGAGAUAAAUGAACAAGAAUUCUUGAGAAUCAUGAAGAAGACCAGCCUCUAUUAGUGCUUUGUUGACUUUUGGAAAGGGUAUUAUUAUCAUUGUGCUGAGUAUUUCUGUGAAUAAAUCUAAAAAUGUGCACUUUUAGUUUACUUG